UGACUCGUCUGCUCCAGUGAAGCUGUAACCAAGGUCGGCAAGGGAAGAGGGGAAGAGCUCCCGGGCCGGCCGGCUGCGAAGCUGCUGCGUGCCGGGCUCCUUUUACCGGGAGCGCGUCUGCCGAGGGAGGAGGCUGCAAAGGCGGCCCCGCUCGAUCCCCCACGGAGAUGACCGCGGAGGACAAGGAAAGCCUGCGCCGCUUCGGGCGUUACAUCCACAGGACGCUGAACCCGGUCUAUAUCUUGAGCUACAUGAAGGACUGGCUCAGCGACGAGACCGUAGAGAACAUUCAAAAGCUUAAGGAGACGCCUUCGGCUGCUGCAGAGCUAUUUCUCCAGUCCAUUCUGGAGCUCACGUCCGUGGGAUGGUUCCGUGGAUUUUUAAAUGCCCUGCAUGCAGCAGGUUACACUGGCCUUUUUCAUGCAAUUGAAAAUUGGAAUUUCCAGCUGAUCGAGGAUCUGGAGCCUCAUAGGGAGUUGCUGAAACGGAUUGAGCCCAGUUUGCUCGCUAUUGAUCCAGGUCAAAUGCUUCCCCACAUGAAGGACUGUCUCUUAGAUGAGGAAUGGGAAGAAAUUCAUCAGGCUAAGGUAAAAGAUGGUAAAGGAGCAAGUGCAAGGAAAUUUCUUGACUGUUUGUACAGGUCAGAUAAAGAAAACUGGCCUAAAACUUUCCAGAUGGCACUGGAAGAGGCUGAAUAUUACAAUGAAAGCAAAUUGUGGGAUUUGAAACAAGCUGAUGAUAAUAGCACAGAUGUUCCAAUGACAAAUGGCGAUGAGGACCACAGUGUCUUUGACAUGAAGUUACAAUAUUAUGAAGAACCAGAAACUGUUGAUCUUAGUGGAAGUCCGUCUUCACCUUCAGAAGCCUCUCGACCAUCGGUUUCUGUUCCAAAGGAAGCUAGGGAGUAUCAGAAGGAACUUGCCCAGCCUGCUCUUAAUGGCAAACAUACCAUCAUUUGUGCCCCAACAGGAUCUGGAAAAACAUUUGUGUCCAUCAUGAUAUGUGACCAUCACCUCCAGAACAUGCCCGCUGGGAAGAAAGGGAAAGUGGUCUUCCUUGCUACUAAAGUCCCAGUAUAUGAACAACAGAAGAACGUCUUCCAGGAGUAUUUCAAAAGGAAGAAGUACACUGUUGCAGGUAUCUGUGGGGAAGUUGCAGCUGAUAGCCCGGCAGCUAUGAUUAUUGAAGGGAAUGAUAUCACCAUCAUGACACCACAGAUUCUUGUCAAUUGUCUUAAUGACAAAACACUCUCUUCCCUGUCGUUGUUUACCCUGAUGAUUUUUGAUGAGUGCCACAACACUACUGGGAAUCAUCCAUACAAUGUGUUAAUGUCCAAAUACUUGGACAUUAAGUUUGAACAACCAGAAACACCAUUACCUCAGAUUGUAGGGCUGACGGCUUCUCUUGGAGUUGGCAAUGCAAAAAACCUGGAAGAGACCAUAGAGCACAUCUGUACAAUUUCUGCUUCACUCAAUGCUCAAGUCAUAUCAACCAUCAGAGAGAACCUAGAGGAGCUCCAGGGGAUUGUUAAUAUGCCCCAAAAAUCAACUAGACUUGUAAAGAAACGGCCCCCAAAUCAAUUUGUGAGUGUUCUUUUGCACUUGAUGUCUGAAACGGAAGCGCUGGCAAGCAAACUUUAUCCAAUAGAUAAUUUGUCCCUAAUCAGCACCCGGGAUUUUGGAACCCAGAAAUAUGAGCAGUGGAUCGUUGAUGUACAGAAGAAAUGCCGACUGUUAGAACUGCCAGAUAAGGAGGAAGAAGCGAGGAUUUGCAGGGCACUCUUUGUUUAUACAGAGCACCUCCGGAAAUAUAACGAUGCCCUCAUUAUUAAUGAAGAUGCGCGUACCUGUGAUGCGCUGGAUUAUCUGAAGGAAUUCUUUGAUAAUAACAGAAGUGGAGGGUUUGAUGAAAUAGAACAGCAGUUGGCCUCAAAAUUUGAAGCUAAAUACCUGGAGUUGUAUGCAGCUUCUCGAGACGAAUCCAAUGAAAAUCCAAAAUUAGAAGACAUGACUUUCAUCCUGGAAGAAGAAUAUCGGCUCAAACCCCAAACACGCACUAUACUCUUUGUUAAGACAAGAGCUCUAGUUACAGCGUUGAAGAAUUGGAUAGAAGAAAGCCCCCAGCUUCGACAUCUAAAGCCUGAAGCACUGAUGGGGCGAGGGAAAAGAAAUCAGAAAACUGGCAUGACCCUCCCAAAUCAAAAAAGUGUCUUGGACACUUUCAAAUCUAAUGGGGAGAGCAAGAUGCUCAUAGCUACUUCUGUGGCUGAUGAAGGGGUUGAUAUUGCACAGUGCAAUCUUGUCCUUCUGUAUGAAUAUACAGGCAACGUCAUUAAGAUGAUACAAGUCAGAGGUCGUGGAAGAGCAAAAGAUAGCAAGUGCAUCCUUGUGACCAGCAAGAAGGAGCAGGAGGAGAACGAGAGAUAUAACAUAAUGAAAGAAGCAAUGAUGAACAAAGCCAUUAAGGAAGUGCAGGAUUGGAAGGAGGAGGUGUUUGCGGAGAAGAUAAGCAGCUUGCAAAAGAAGCAAAAAAAGCUGCAAGAUUCCAAGAAAAAGGAGCUCCAGCCAAAGCCACUGGUGGGCAAUAGGCGGCUGUUGUGUGGGAAGUGUAAAUCACCUGCCUGCGACACAGACGACAUCAGAGUGAUUGAGGUAUCCCACCAUACUGUCCUCGGUGACUACUUUAGGAACCGGUAUGUGAUAAAAUCUCACAAAAGGCCAAUAUGCUAUGGCAAUUUUGAGAAGAAAUCAAAGAUCUACUGUAAGGAAUGCCAUCAUGACUGGGGAAUCUUAGUAAAAUACAGGACGCUUGAUGAUCUACCCAUCAUUAAAAUUGAAAGCUUUUCGGUGAAGGAUGUUGCCACAAGGAGACAGUCUUAUUUCCGGAAAUGGAAAGAUGUUGAUUUUGCAAUGAGAGACUUUGAUAUUGAAGAAAUGCCAGAACAAGAUGAAUAAAGUAAUAUUUAUAUGCCAUUAA